AUGUCUCUCUGGACCGGCUUUCCCGCCGGAGUGGGAAUGGGAGUAAAUCCCAAGCCCCAAACCUGGUCACCACCACGACACCCAUUGAAAUGCCGGGCGACGAGCCAGGACUUUGAAAGAAAGCUAUCGCCUCGAUUCACCGUCGCGGAGAAGAUGAUUGAAGAUGUCCCUGAAGAUUACGAGGGCGAUUCAAUUCUCCUCAGGAUGCCGUAUGAGAUCCUCCUCACAAUCUACGACAGUGUCGACCAUGCACCAUCACAAGUCGCCCUAGCGCUGACCUGCAAGCGCAUGGCUCUUGUUGCCCGGGACGUUCAUCUGUCUCUGGCGACCAUCUCCGCCAGAUACGCCGGAUUCCUGCCCAAACGGAUUUUCGAUGUUCCGGAGCUCAUGGCCCAACUCAAACCGUGGAUGCCGGCCGGUCUACGCCUCUGUAACCAUUGCUUGACCAACCGACCUCUGCGCGAUGAGUACUGGGACACGGUCGAGGGGUGCGAGGUCAGCAAUUUCUGGAUCCAGAAGACCGGUUGGAAUUUCCAUGACGGGAACUGGCAUAAACAGGUCCACGACAUCUGUCCUGCUUGUCAUGUCUCUUGCACUUUGAGUGAUUAUGUCGAUUGCGAUGGCUGUCGAGCUUUGGGGCGAUUGGGCGAUAUUGAUUGGUCUCGUGUGUUGGAUCCGUGGCGGCGCAGAAUGGCGGUAACUUGA